UGUUCUUAAGGCUGUAAGCAAUCGAAUCCUUCCUUUGUAGUUAACGAAGUUAAGCCUCCCGGAUAAGAGACUCCGGGACGAUCGCUAUCUCCGACCGAUCGGAGGGAGAUAAUCUCUCCCCGACCUUCGGCUACCGCGGGCUUAUGCGCUGCCGACGCUGAUAGCCUUUCGAAACUUUUUUUCUCCCCAAGGCAGUGUUAGACUAAUUCGUUAAUCUGUCACCUCUUCCUUUUCUUGCACAUGUCUGCCUGAUAUUCUUUUUGAACGAUACAUCUCAUCGGGCUUCUCGCUGGCUGGUGGCUAACGCAGCAAAGACGUGGCUGCUCUGCUUCGGGACUAACUAGUUAAUACUUAUCGCCUUGCGCCCGUCGAGUCAUUAACUUAUUCUCCUUGGGGGAAGUUCGUCAGCAGGACAAUCUACAACUCGCCUUUCCUUCAUAUCCCCAACUUCUCCAAACACCGUCUUCCGUUUAGACAUAUUCGCUCAUAUCGCAAAUCUAUAUAUACAUCAUUACUCCUCCCUCAGCGACAUCACAACCCCACCACAAUGAACAACCACGCCCUCCUCAUCCGCCGAAUACAACCACUCCGGUCCCUGCGACGUCAACCACCACGAAGACACCUCUCCUCCACCCCUCGCAACGCUGAACCUCACCAUAAUUCCGUCCCUGAGAAACAGCACACUCCUUCGAACAACCCACAGCCGGCUCCCACAGUGCCUGGCCCGGUCGCAUCGACCACCGCCGCCCCCGGGUCGGUAUCCGCAUCGCGAGCACUCAUCCAGAGAAUCCAGGCCGGUCCGGUAGGACGAGUGGCGCGAGCGUAUGCGCGCGUGCAGGAGAGACGACCCUACCGGACACAAGUGAUCAGUACGAUUGUGGUGUAUCUGUGUGGUGAUUUGGGGGCGCAGUUGUUGUUUCCGCCGGAUAAUGGUUCACCCCAGGAUGUGCAAGCAGGUGAUCAGAAGGAAGAAGCAGGAAAUAAUGCCGGAGGAAUUGGAGGAGGGUAUGAUCCGUGGAGGACGGUGCGCCAUUUAACAGUAGGAGUGGGGAGUGCAAUCCCGACGUAUAAAUGGUUCAUGUUCCUGCACAACAACUUCAACUUCUCGUCCAAGUUCCUCUCCAUCCUUACCAAGGUCUGCGUGCAACAGGCGGUGUUCACUCCCGUGUUCAAUACCUAUUUCUUUGGUCUGCAGUCGUUGAUGACGGGCAAGUCGUUGGAGGAGACUUUUGAACGGCUCAAGGUCGCUUUGCCGACGAGUAUCUCGAACAGUGUGAAGCUGUGGCCGGCUGUCACGGCUUUCAGCUUCAUGUAUGUGGCGCCUCAGUUCCGGAGUAUCUUUUCCGGAGUCAUUGCUGUUGGGUGGCAGACGUAUCUGAGCUGGUUGAAUCAGAAGGCGGCGCGCAAGGUCGAGGCGGAAAGAUUGGCGUCGGUGGAGGUGGGUGCUGGUGCUGAUGCUGGGGUUGGUGCGGUGGCUAUGAAGGCAUGAUUGCCAGAUGAUCUCUCUUUCUUUCCAUUUUCCUUUGUGUGAUUAAUUUGACUCGGAUAUCCCUGCGAUGUAUGGCGGAUUUGGUUUGGUAUAGAUAUAGACUCCCUCGGUUAUGGAUUAGCCGGCAACCUGUUUUAGAUGAGCAGUACAUAGAUAGACGUGAAUAGAGACCACUAGCAGAGAUAUCCUCGCUAACGAUUGAG